AUGAAUUCAAGUGGGCGUGAUUUGGGUGAUGCUGGAGGCCAGAUUUUUACUGAGUCAACUUCAUCGGGGAUCAAAAGAGGUCUCUUAAAUCCGGGUUGCUCUCCUGCUCAUCCAGCUAAGAGACCGCUUACAACGACAUCUAUGAAUCUGAAAAAUAAGCAGCUCCUGUCGGAUCCGUCUCUUCUCCAAUCUUCAAGUUUAUUCCCCACACAAAGCCUCUCGUUAAAGUCCAAGUAUGACCUAAUUCCCUUGACAAACUCCCUCUUGAGAUCAGGCACUCUUACCGGGGGACUCUCAACAAGGUCGAGUUUGAUCUCUUCAGUGCGUGCCCAAAAACAACAUUUGACAAAUUCCCUGCUUUCAUCUCCCCGAAAGCACUUGCUGAGUGGUAGCAGUAGCAUUUCUUCAAGUACUUUGAGCGGCAGGAAACCAUUGCUGUCAUCCAACUAUGGGACGGGAACUCGUCUCUCAGGGACUGCGGGACUCUCUUACAAAUUCAGCACCAGCUCUAAGAAGCCAACUUUGGCAUCAAAUGUCAAAGAAGAAACCACGCAGAUCUCGACAACUGAACAGGAGGAGAAAGAGAAUCUCCCUGAUUAUGGAGAUAUUUUCAAACAAGGCUCCCAAGAAACUCCACACCAAAUAGAUUUGUCCCAAAAAUCGGAUCUUGCCAAGCUCAGAGAUGGUUUCGAAAAGGCCCAGUGUGCAUUGAGGACCAAAAAGGAUUGCUUGGUCUCUUUGGCAUCGACUGCUCUCCUUCAUAAUCCCGACUUGGAGGAUCCCGAAGAUGGUACCAGGAUUAGUCUCCUAAAGUCGGCUGAUGAAGUGGCUGAGAAAGAAGGAGAAUUCAUCCUCAAGCUCGCUCUUUAUUGUCGACAAGAGCUAAACAUCCGCACCACGGCCAAUUUUCUACUCGCCUACGCCUCCCUGAAAGACCCGUGCAAGCCGUACCUUCAGCGCUACUUCAAGAAUUCGGUGCGUCUCCCUUCGGAUUGGAUGCAGGUGGCAGAUAUGGUUUGUUCCUUUGGCGUUUUGGAUGCGGGUAGUUUGCCCGCAGUUCUGAGACGUGCUAUGGUGGAGAAAUUCGUGGACUUUGAUGCGUACCAAUUGGCUAAACAUAAGAAAGUGAAAAAUUCUGAGAUCAAGUUCCCAAACGAGGCCCAAAUUCAGAAUACUACAAAAGAUGCUGCUUUCCAUGACGUCGAAUUCCCAGAUUUGAGUGCCUUCGCUAAUCCUCAGCCGAUUUUGGAUUGGAGUGAGCCGCUUGAAAGCGACGAAUUGCGCAUGAAAGCGGUGGUUAAGAAUAGAAGAAAACGUUUCAAUUUAAAGCGAUUAAUUCGUUUGCUCCAUAUUCGAGAACCAACUUUCCACGUGAUGGGAAUCUUGGGUAAAAGGUAUCCAAAUAAUAGAGAGGACUUCCUUGCCUCUCGUCUGCCUGAAAUGUUCGACCAAAGUCAAGCCGGAAAGCGAAUGAAACUACCCACUCCUGAAACUUGGGAGACUCAAAUUGCCAAACAUGGCAACAAGGCUGCAAUUUGGGAGUCUCUCAUUGACAACAAGAAGCUCCCGUACAUGGCAACCAUACGCAACCUUAGGAAUCUAAUCCUUACUGGAAUCGAUGACGUCCAUGUGCAAAAAGUUGCCAAAUAUAUUUCCAACGAGAAGGCUGUGAUUGGUAGUCGGAUGUUUCCGUUUCAGUUCUACACGGCCUUCGAUGUUUUGCGAGAUCUUGAUGUAUUCAAAGACAAAACCAUCAAUCAAUCUGAUCUGCUCAAUACUAAAGGCAUCAAGACUAAACCAAAAGGAGUCAAAACUUUUUCAGAAGCAGCGUUGAAAAAGAAGAUCUAUCACAAAUUGGUCAAACGAAAAGAAACCAUGAACUCUGGGUCAAUCAAGGUGUUUCAAGAUGCCCUAGAAAAGGCUGUGGCCAUUGCCUCGAAUAACAACAUUCCGCCCAUAAAAGGAAGCACGCUGAUAUUAUUUGCUUUCGGAACCGAAUUGGGUGAGGAUGCCAAGAUACGACCUGUUCAGAAGCAUUUAACCCCGUCUCAGAUGUGUUGCCUAACAGCUGUCAUGCUGGAGCAUACAUGCGAGGACUGUGAGAUGGUCGCUUUUGGCCACAAAGAACAAGAAAUGGCUCCAAUUGUCCAAGAUAUGGGCCUGUUGUCCAGUGCCAAGUUCCUCGCUAACUCUCGCAUCAGUCGUUUGGCGACUUCCACCAGCGUGUUGUCCUUUGAUUCUGGAGCUCUGGAUGAUUAUCGAAGAAACGAGAAAUGGAUUGAUAAUCUAGUGGUUAUCCAUGGACCUUUGGCACAGAGUAAUCUCGAGGACGGUAUGACCUCUUGGCUUGCCAAGUAUAGGCAUGGAGUCAAUCCAGAUCUUGUUUAUGCAAAUAUCAACCUUGAUGGAAGUAAAGCCCCGCCUCAAUCGCGAAAUGCGAACGACAUCUUCUUGGUCGGGUUCAGCGAGCAGAUAUUCCAUGCCCUUUCAAAUUCGAGUCGUGGCGGACAACUCGAGAGGAUUGAAAGCAUUGAUAGGAGAUUCAAAUUGGCCCCCUUAAAGAAGCCUCUUAUCGACGUUCCAGCCCCGGAGAUGCAGCUGACAGGAAGCCCCAAGAAAUGGCGUCAAAUCAGGGUGUUUGUCUCCUCCACUUUCACUGAUAUGCACGGUGAGAGGGAUCUCAUCAAUCGCUUUGUCAUGCCCGAAUUGCAGAGGCGUGCUAAGUCUUUGCACAUGGAUGUGCGAGCAAUCGAUUUGCGCUGGGGUAUCCUCCCUUACGGCGAAAAGCACGACACCAACGAGGAUAAUGUAUUCUCCUCAUCACUCUGGAGAGGUGGCAACUUCAGGGGAGAAGCCAAUGGCACGACUCAGGUCAUGGCUUGCCUUCGUGAAAUUGAAAAAUGCCAUUUGUUUAUUGGCCUUUUAGGGGACCGUUAUGGGUGGAAGCCCCCCCUCACGGCCUCCUCUUUUCUCUCAGAAAACGAAUUAUCCAUGAAAUUGGAAGCUUUGAAAGGCGAAAUGGGCAGAGCCUCAAUAACGGAACUUGAAAUGGAAUAUGCUGCCCUGCACAACCCAGAGGAAAGUCGGGACCGAGCAUUCUUCUUCCUUCGGGACUCUUCACUUCUUAACGCUCAAUUGCCUCCUGACUACGCGCAGCUAUUUAAGUGUCAAGACGAAGAAGAUGAGCGAAGAUUGCAAUCACUAAAACAGCGAAUUAUCUCGAGUGGGUUGGAGGUUUUCAAUGGCUAUCCGGCGCACUUAGAUGGCGGGGAAAAUCAAGGCAAGCCCAUCACGGUUGGACUUGAAGCCUUGGGCCAAAGGAUAUUGGAUUCGUUGUGGAAUUCCCUAUUGAAUUUGGAUGAGAAAGCCAAAAGAGAAAAUGAACAAUCCAACCAUACGAGCCAUUCCGAGUUUCGCGAUCACGAAGAGUAUAGUUCGUACAUCGCUUCCCACAAGUGUGUUUCUCGGUCCAAAAUCGUCGAUAACAUUCAUGAGUCUCUUGGCAGAUUGUCAGGAGGCAUUGUAGAGCUUACUGGUAAUCCUGGAAGUGGUCUUUCCACUCUAAUGUGCCAAAGCUUCAAUGAAAUGAAGAAAAGAUUAACUCUUAGCGCUUCACAGAAAGGCGUGGAUGGGCCUCCACUUUUGGUACCCUUUUUCUCGGCCUCCUCCCAAAAUGGAACAGGAAGCAUGCAGACUUUCCUCAAAUAUCUCGUCCAAUCAUUGUCUGAAAUAGUUGAUGGAAGAGGGCCCGGGGCUAGCACCAAAUUCCAGGACCACGAACUUCAGCAACUAGACGCCAAGAGUUUGGGUGUAAAGGCUGCCUCAUUGCUUAACACAGUCUCUGAAGUGAUGACCUCUCGUGGCCGAUCUGGCAAGAAACAAAAGUUGGUGUUGUUUGUGGAUGGUCUGGAAGAUUACAUGGAACAGGCAAAAGUGUAUUGGCUGCCACCCCAAAUUUCCAACGGUGUAAUUCUCGUCGUUUCGUCUCACUUUGGGAGCAAAUGGAACAAACAUCUUCAAGACCGAAAAGAGAAGGACCAUCGAACCAUCAGAGUUGGUCCUUUGACUUUAUUGGAGAAGAAGGCCUUGGUAAGGCAUAGUCUGGCGCAGAGAGGGAAAAAGUUGGACGAGACAGCUUUUAACAAUGAGCUCAACUUAUUGGUGAGCAAAAGGGAUGCCUCCAAUCCGGCGUACUUGAGCUUGCUAACCAAUGAGAUGGCUGGCUUUGGUGUCUUUGAAGACCUCCAAUCUAAACUAUCCAUGGCAGGCAACACCAUGUCCGAGUUGCUAUCACAGAUUCUGGAGCGAUUGGAGAUCGAUCUGAAUGAAGAACUCGUGGCCAAUGCUAUGUGCUGUCUGGCUCUGAGUGCCAAGUUAGGGUUGACUGAAAAUGAGCUUCAUUCCGCUCUGGCCCUUCUGAACACCUCCCCAUUCUCGAAACGAGACGUCACAGUAGCUGAACUGAGUCAAAUAUUGUCCGAAGGGCAGUUCAAACCGAUUCCCCCUCUCCAACUAUCAAUCCUCAUAAAUGGACUGGAAAGUUUCUUGCAGCCCACACAGGGAAGUCUCAUCGAAGGGCUCCUGCUUUUAAAGAAAGGGGAAUGGUUGAAAUCUGUUACUGAGCGCUACUUCUCAAAGGGGUGCCACUCGGCUCAGAACAUUCAUCUUGUCUUGGCGGGAGUUUUUCAUCAUAUAUACCGCUUCGCUCCCAACCAUCCAAGGGCUUUGCAAGGCCUGCCCGAGCAUUUGGCCUCGACAGGAAACGUGAAACUGCUCGAGCAGACCAUUUGCAGUCUUGAUUACAUUCGAGAAUGUGCUGCCUUCCCCGACAUCCUUCAAGAGUUGGCUCUACGACAUUUCAACGGUCAUUAUUUGAGUGGAAGACCUCAGCUUGAGAGAUUCCUAGCGUCUGAACAGAUUAAGGCGUAUUCUGCCUUUGUCCAUCUACACUGGACCUCGUUGAUCGAUCAGCCUAGCCUGGCGUAUCAGUUGGCUUUAACAGAACCGCAAAGCACUCCUCCUCACAAAGAGGCAGUUGCAAAAACUAUGAAUAAUGGUUAUGAUGCGAAGCAGAUUACCACUUGUUCUUCCUCGGCCCCUCUUUGGCUUUUCUGGGAAAAUAGGUCAGAGGGGGAGUGCUUAGGGGAGAACAAUGAGGGCACCAACAAUCUGUUGGCGGUCAAGGCUUGCAAAUCGAGUCGAAUGGCAGUGAUUUGCCUCGAAAAGUCCUCAUUAAUUUCCCCUGAGGAAUUGUUGGUGGCUUGCGGGCAUGAUGAUGGACAUAUAAUAGUGGGAUUGGCUCAUAAUAACGAAGAGCUCUUCUCAUUGGUGGGCCAUUCAAGCCCCAUUUCGUCCCUGACGUUUCUCCCGGGUACGUCGUCAUCUGAGACGUGUUUGGUAAGUGGAUCUCAAGAUGGGAUGAUCUCGUUUUGGGAUCUUAACAGUCAGAUCAGGACGAAUUCGGUCCAAGGGCACAGUCGAUGUGUCAGUGGCCUGGCUUGUAGCUCAGAUGGACUAACCCUCGUCUCUGUUGGAUGGGAUGGUCGAAUCAAGAUUUGGAGUGGCCGCUCUCAGAGAGAGAUGUCUUGUAUUCAACAGAGCACGCAAGCCUUUAAUUGCGUGGCCUUUCACCCCGACAAGGACUACAUCAUUGCAGGUGGUUGGGACGGACUAUUGAAGAUCUAUGAUCUCACGACACUGGAGCGAAAAGCCAUCGUCAGAGGCCAUUUGACCUCAAUUCAAUGUGUGGCCAUUUCAAGUGACGGAAAGAAAAUUGUCAGCGGAUCCAGUGACGGUGUUGUCAAAGUCUUUGACAGUGGCAUUGGAGGAGAAUGUGGCUCAUUUAGAGUUGGCCAUUGCGUUCAUUCGAUUGCUUUGGAUAAUAGCAGAAUCAAUACGGAAGGUGUUCCACGAAUCUUGAUUGGAACACGCGAUGGCGUGAUUCAUUUUUGGACCACUGACGAAGGUACCGAACAUCCCUCCAUCGUUUUAGAUUUGGAAUCCGAUCUAGACCUUGAUGUCGAAACCGUGAUUGACGCUCCAACUGAUUUUGAAAUCACCUGCAAUGGUUCAGAUAUGGAAACCGAUGAAAUUGGUCCUCAAACUGGACUGAGAAUCACAAGCUUCUGUAUCCUUCCUUGUCUCUUUGGAGUCACAGACACGAAUAUGGCACUUGGUUGCGCUGAUGGGACGCUUUUGAUUGUCAAAAUUAGCAGUGUCUCUAAAACGGUGAUCAUGCGUUCAAAAAUUGCCAACGGACCGAUAAUAGGAACUCUGCCAAUAACUUGGGAAAAUCUGUGGACCAACAGCACAUUCGACGAGUGCCACUUUUGCUUAGUAAGUUCCUCUGAGGGGGUCUACCUUGCUUGUGCAAAAAAGCAAACACUAGAAGGAUCUCGUCUACCUCUUGGCGAGUCUGAAGUUCAAGUGGUGGGAGCCCGGAUCUUUUCCUACGGUUCCUCAGAUUAUGACAUCGCCAUAGUUCUUGGCACCGCUGCAGGGUUUUGCCUGCUUUUGAAAGUCCAAAAUCCAACUUUAACAAAAAUUAAUCGGUUGUUCAAAGAGGCCAUAUGCUUUGGCAAUGAAGAACUUCUUGAUUUCAAAGUCUGUAAAAAGACUGAAGCGAGUUCCACGGAGUUCCAUUUCCUGACUCUUACAUCCCUCAAUGUUCUUAGUCUCUGGUUGGGAACAAAAUCAGGGAUAGUCUUGCUAACUUCACUCACUGAUUAUUCUCUUGGAUCAAAAUUAUUCAUCCCUAAUUUUGGCCAGAAGGAAUUUGUAUUUGUCACCAAUCAGAUGGGAAAGUUUGAGUCUUAUCUCAUCUCCGGGAAAACCAAGGCGCUUGAUCAAGAAGAGGACCAAAUUUCGUCCUCAGAAUUCAAAUUUGUCCAUAAAGGAAUAUUUGAAUCUCGAAAGGCUGGAUCAAUCACAGGCUUUCUUCAAGCAAGCGAAUCAGAUUGUUACUUUGGCUGCAUUCACGAAAACCAAGACAUCACAAUCUGGUCGAAAAAGGGCAUCGAAAUUAAGUGGAUCAACAUGGAACGACAAGGACACAGCUUAGUGAGUUUAAGCCGUCAAUCAGUGGGUGGUUCCUGCUUGAAAGAUGAAGACCCGUCCACGUGGUAUCUGGGCAUUUUCAAUCCCAAAAAAAUGCGCGGCCAAUUUCAAAUGUUCGACAUUUUCAACGCUAAACUCACCGAGUCCUACAUCGGCCAUAAUGGUCCCGUCACCGCUUUGAAUAUGGCCCAUGAUAGGGUAUUUAGUGCCUCUCGAGAUGGGACUUUGAGGAUCUGGGACGCUGGCAAACGAGGAACGAGGCUGAAUGGCAGUCCAGUGGUGGGUCUGGUGGCAUGUAAUGGACUGAUCUUAACUGUGUGUCGUGAUGGCUCCUUAGUUAGCCAUGAGGUGGAAGGAGGCCAUUCCAGAGUUCUGGGGAGCUUCUUCAACGGCCAGGGCCACACCGAGCACAUUAGAUAUGCCUCUCUGGUCUCCCUCCAGGAAGCCAUUGUUAUCAUUGUGGCUACCAAUCACCGAGCGUUGCGUGUGGCUCUCCUGGAAGGGGAAGAAAACCAUUUGACUUUCCCUUACCAUAAAUACUUUUCCGACAGGGAAUUGCUGUUUUUCGGCGCCAAGCAAUCCGAUCCCCAGACGUGUAUACUAACAGUACUCUUUGACAAACCAAGGAUCUCCGGGACGGGAG